UCCAUCCGAGGCGGCUGCGUCGUCGUCACUGGAGCGAGCCGCGGUCUCGGCGUCGGCAUCGCGAGGGCGUUUGCGACUGAGGGCGCGGCGACGGUGUGCUUGGUGGCGAGGUCCGAGGCGGGGCUGCAGAGCGUGUGCAGGGGGCUCGCUGCAGAGCAUCCAAACGUCUGCUUCCAUCCGAUCGCGGCCGACGUAACCGAUCCUGGCGGUCGCGCUCGCAUCGUGCGUUCGGUCGAGUCGAUAGGCCAGCGGCUGCUGCUGGUGAACAACGCCGGCAUCGAGUCGUGGGGACCGUUCGAGCACGCAACCGAGGCGAGCGUCGAAGAGCAGGUCGCCGUCAACCUGCUCGCGCCGAUGCUGCUCACGCGCGCCCUCCUCCCGCUCAUGCUCUCCGCCGGAGGGGGCUCCGUCAUCCACGUAGCGAGCCUGGCGGGCAAGCUGGGCUCGCCAAACUCUGCCGCCUACACUGCGAGCAAGCACGGGCUCGUCGGCUUCUCGCGCGCGCUGCGCAGCGAGUACGCCAGCCGCGGCGUCUCGAGUUGUGUCGUCUGCCCGUCGUUCGUCGACACCGCGCUCCUCGAUAGCCUAGUCGCAAAGGCGGGAGGAGAGCGGCCGCCGUGGAUCAGCACCACCACAUGCGACGCCGUCUCUUCGGCCUGCGUGCGCGCGGCGCUGGGGGACGAGCCCGAGGCCCUCGUG